AUGGGGGAGUCACUCGACACCAUGGACGACUAUAUGAGAAUGUCCGAAAGAACCGCAAGAGAGAGUUUGUAUACAUUGUCAAUGGGUGUUGUUGAAACUUUUAGAGACGUGUAUUUGCGGAAACCUUCGUUGCAUGAUUUGCAAGAAUUGUAUGUGGCGCAUGAAGAACGUCAUGGGUUUCCCGGAAUGAUCGGAAGUAUUGAUUGCACACAUUGGAAAUGGAAAAAUUGUUCGAUAGCAUGGAAAGGGCAAUACGCAAGUGGUCAUCACGGAUCACCUUCAUUGGUGUUAGAGGUUGUCGCUUCUCAAGAUUUAUGGAUUUGGCAUGCAUUUUUUGGGGUUGCGGGUUCCAACAACGACGUCAACGUUCUUGAUCAGUCGCCAAUAUUCGACGAUCUUUUGAAUGGAAAAGCCCCAGAUGCUCCUUUCACGAUGAAUUAUUCCACAUUCGUGAAGGCAUUCCGCCACCCGGUUGAAGAACAAGACAAAUUUUUUAAGAGAAGACAAGAAGGAGCACGUAAGGAUGUGGAACGUGCUUUUGGAGUGCUGAAGCCGAAGUGGCAUAUAGUCGAACAUGCAGCACGACCAUUGGAUUUAGAAACUUUACGAUAUAUCAUGUAUGCAUGUAUCAUAAUGCAUAACAUGGUAGUAGAAGAUAAAGGGAGAAAUAUUGCACACUAUAUCCCAACAGAGCCCAGACACGUUCAGUUUCAACCAGGAACAACAGAUUAUUUGCAUCGCGUUGUUGACAUUCAGGACGCAAAUAAACACAGACAACUUCGAGAGGAUUUGGCAGAUUAUAUCUUCUAUGGUAACAAUAACAAUAACGAAUAG